AUGUGUGAUUUUAAUAAUGAAUAUGAAACCAACAUUGAAUACAAUUAUCUUAAUAACCAGAAUGAGACUUCUGAAGAGUCAUCUGUCCAACAAACUCUCCCUCCUCGUGUUGGAAUUUCUAAGGGACGAUCACUUGAAAAAUUGAUUAUACCUGAUAGUGCUUUUGACCAGGCUUCUAAAUUAAGUGUUGGAAUGCAAUUUGAAAACUGGAACCAUGCUAAUUUAGUAUUAUUGGCUUAUGGACAACAGAUUGGCUUUGUAUGGAGGAUUCAAGAUAAAUACUUAGAUAAAAAUGGAGGUGUAUAUAAGUAUGUAUUUGAAUGUAGACACGCGGAAAUAUUCAAAUCAAAAAAAACAGCAACAGAUCCUUCAAAACAACGCAAUAGGGAAUCAAUCAAAACUGGCUGUACUUGUUUUAUAAAUAUGUGCUGGCCACUUAAGUCACAAUGUCCUUCGAUUACCAAGAUGAAUCUCACACAUGAUGGACAUUCACUUAAUCCAGAAAUGAUUCAAUUUGCUAAUGUUUAUCGACAAAUUCCUCAAGAUAUAAUGAAUAAAAUUGAAUUUUAUGUGAAUACAAUUCAUGGGAUUAAUCAACACACGUUAAGGCAACUUCUUCAAGAAGCUGCACCAUAUUUGAAAAAUGUUUUAUAUCCAAUUAAGAAACGCUGGGCUAAAUGUUUUACUUUUAAGGAAAUGUUAGCUUCAGAACUUCAAAAAGCUGAAUAUCGAGAUUAUUUAGCCAAUUUGCCUUUUAUUAUUGCUUCUUCUUCAGCAAUUCGUGUCUUUCCAAAAUUGGUUGAGAAUUUAAGAAGUGUUUUAACUGAUGAAGUUUUUUCUAUCCAAAAGACUCAAAUUGAUGUUUGUUUUGAAUACUAUUCAAAAUUAAUUCCUUCUGAUCAAUACCAUAUGUAUAAUAAUAUUAAUGAUUUUGAUACUUCUGUUUGUCUUGAAGAUUGCACAGAUAAAUGUCAAAUUGCACUUAAGUCUCUAAUUAGUGACGUAAAUCUUACUAAUGUUAUAGAAAUUUGGGAAGUUAAACACAUGGCAGUUAAUACAACGUCAGUAAAUUACGUGGCAUUAUUUCAAGAUCAUUCUCAUAUUUGUACAUGUUUACUUUUGACUAGUGAAGGUUUGGUUUGCCACCACUUUUUUCAAGUGAUGUUACGAACACAAAAAGCACAGUUUACAUUUAAUUUGUUAAAGAGUCGGUGGUAUAAAAAAGGUGUUGAUCUACAGAAAAUCAAUGCUUUAGAUAAAUCCGCUAACUUUGUGAUUGAUACUGGGAGUGAAAGUUCAUUAACUUUUAUAUGUGAAAUUCAUAUUAAUGAAGAAGAUCUCUUAAGCAAUAAUUCUGAAGUUGAACAUUUUAUCAAUAAACGUCAGAUUUAUGGAGAAUGUGCAGCAUUAGGACGAAAGUUAGCAUCCUUAGCAUCUGAAUUCAACUUAGCACAUAUUGCAGCUACAUUACGAGGUUUAAUUCAAGAAGUGAAACUAUCUAAUAAUCCUGUUAAUAAGCAAGAUCAAGAAAUGAUUCGUAAUCCAUUGCAAGUUAAUGCAAAAGGAAGGCCUGCUAAAAGAUUGAAAUCUUCUGGGGAAAAUUCUAUGGGCAAUAGAUCUAUUAAUCGUUCUGGUGAUGGAUAUACACUACCCUCCCAAAAGUAUCCGGUCAAAUAA